GCCAGAGGAUGACACUGUUUCCCUCAACUCGUUGCUUCAUUUGACGUCUCACCAGCGAGCGCAACGCAUCUCAGUUCAGUUCGGCACAACUUUCAAGAAAGUUUGUUUCGAGUUAGGCGAAUCAAAAAAGCUUUGAAAAAAAAUUGUUAAUUUUUUCUAGUAGUUCUAUCAUGGUUUAUGUUAGUUUAUCUGAAUUAAUUCAAAAAUUUUAAAAAAAUUUGUACUUGCAAACUUGUACUUCUUGCCGUAAUCUCAAUUUGUAUACAAAGUAUUUAUCCAGAAAAGUGUCGACAAUGAUGUUCAUUAGUUUACUAAUAUACUACGGAAUAGUAUCUGUAGUCUAUGGAAUGCCUGGUGCAAAAGGUUAUAGAAGUUCAACGGAAGUUGCAAAAAAUGGAGUGCAGCCAGAACCCACGUGCGAGGAACUUAAAGCAAUGUGGCGAUUUUCAAAACGACAAUCAAGGGCGGCAGAAUUAACAAACGAAUUGCCGAUGUAUCCCGAUCCUUUUGCCGAAAAUAUUUGGCAACCUUUUUAUGCUACGUCAAGAAGCAUCGGAGGUAGGCGGUUACCAGUUGCUUUUGGAAAGAUAGCGUAUGGUCCGACAAGGACUAAAAUUAAUCCCGAGCACUUGAUGCCGUACCUUCAAUACGGAACACAGCUGUCGCAGCCUAGAAGAAGGCCUGCCACAUCUUUUAGAUUAUCCGGCGGAGGCUACAUGAUCGCUGGGUAUCCCCCACAAACAGGCUCCUUUAACCACUUGAAGGAACUGAUCAAGACAGAGAGAGCUAGAGAAUUACAGCAACAAAGAAUGGCUGAAGAAUCAGCUGCACGGGCAGCGGCUUUGAAAGAAAUGGGAAGGAAUCAACCUGGACGAUAUACAACCGAUCAUUUCUCUUACGACAUGGCCGAGCCUCAAGAGAUCCUGUAUUCAGCGGACAUGCCAGAAGCUCAAGAAGAAGAAGAACCAGUUAUAGAAGAAGAGAGACCUAGAGGUGGCAUUAUCACCUUCCCGGACCUGCUGGCACCUGCCUCGAGACCAGGACCGGAAGGACAGGUGGCCCGAUUCGUUUCGGACCUGGUACCCUACGCUAGAGCACAGCCAGCGCCUAGAAUGAGGUCGCAUACGCCUAGCCUUUUUGAUAGUAGCGCCCUUCGUGUGAGUAGGAAGGACGCAUACUCUGGUUACAUACUGUAAGUCGCACGCGCAGUAUAAUGUUAUAUAUCAUCUUGAUGUACUGAUGGUCCGCCAUUAAAAUUUCAACGUUAACCUCUAAUUAAAAAAAAUACAUCACCUAGUAGAGUAGCAUCAAUGCAUUUUGCAAAAUAUGUCGUAUUGCACGUUUGUCAUUUGGUGUUACAUCUAGGUUACUUAAGUGCUAAAGUCAAUCAUAGAAACUAACUGUAGGUAAAUCUAUGAUAAAAGCAAUUGUUGAAACUGAGGGCUGGACAUUGGUUUUAUCAUACAGAAGAGAUUCAACAAUAAAUGUACCUAUAUUAAGUGUAUUUUUAAAAAAAUAUUAAAAUAAAAAAAGCCUAUCGAAAUGUUUAUCUCUUCGACUUCGAUAGUACAAAAUGUCAUUAAACAAUAUAUACGAGGUUACGAAAAAAAAACAGAGAGACUUAAAAAAACUGAUGACAAUAUUUUUUCUAAAUUAGCUGGUACGAUCAGGAAUCGCACGUAUAUUUUUAAUGAUGGGAGCCCUAUUUUGUACCUUCGAUUUACUGAAUGUAGUAUAGAAUGAUAGGCUGUAUCAUAGAGAUUAAUAAUGCUUUUAACCAUUUACUGUAUUCUUAAACGUAUUUCAUGAAAGUUAUUUCUACAACAAUUAAAUAUUAAGGUAAAAUUUGAGGCUGAAUUUUAAAUUAUAGAUAACAUAUCUGAGACGUUUGAACCUGUAUCAUUUCCUUGCAUAUCCCUAAAAUAUCGCCUCACGAUUUUUAUUCUAACAUACGAUAGAAAAAUAUCUAUUCCGAAUUUUCAUACACUAAAGAAAGAAAUGUUUAAACAGGUGUGUAUGGUUGAAAAUACUUUCAAUGUUAAUAAAAUGUCGUGUCUUCCGUUUCACUAGGAUAAAAAAAUAUAUCUCGUUGACACAUUGAGGUUUUUGGAAAGUCUACCUCCGAGUGUUUUCUCUUGAAAAAUUGAAUAGAAUUCCCUGUAAUUAAAUUGAAGAAUGAAGACGACAAAAGUAUAAUAGGACUAACAUUCCCUAAAUAAUUUUUAUAUAAUAUAAAAUUAAAUAAAUUUUACAAACACCAGACUGUUGUCAAAUAUUCUGAACUUUCUGAUAUUUCGACCCUAGAAAUUAAUAUCAAUAAUCUGUAGAUAGAAAUGAACUUUUACUGUCUUCAAUACCUUGUGAUUUUUAGCUAAAUCAUUUUAAUUCAAUACAUUUGUUGUUAGUGUAGAAAUUCUCUGCAAAAAAAGGAAAUUGGAAAAUUAUGUUUUAGCUGAAAAACGAACUAUAUAUAUAUUUCUAUUUAAAAACUUCUAAAAAUUGUUGCUAUAUAUAACAAACAGUACAACUUCUAAAUGUACCUAACGUAUCAAACAUACGUGUCAUUUAAGAAAAUUUGUAUUGGGUAUCGUGAUGACUUGACAAUAACUUAUUUGCCUAGAUAUAAUACUCUUACAUAUAAUAUAAAACUGAAAAAUCUUUUUAAAACAGGUUCUGUGGAAUUCUAACUAAAAUAGAUGUUUUCAACCAUUCUAUAUAGAAUUAAAUAUAAAACUAUUUAUUAUUACAUAUAUAUAAUAGCACUUUGAUAAUAAAAGUGCGUUUUAUCUGGCUAAAUAUUUUUAAGAAAUAUAAAAAAAAUCAGGUGUUUAGUCUUUACAACUGUUUCAGGUUUAAGCAUGCGUAUAUGUACAUAUAAUAUUUGAAACCAAUAUAAAAAAAAUGAGACAAUAAAUUUUCAGUCAAUUUUACAAAUGGGUACAGGUAUUUGUAUUAAAGAAAUUUCGGGGGCCCAAAUUUGUUAAUAUGAAUACUAUCAAAUUCUAAAUAACUAAAAAAAUUGGACGUAUUUUCAUACAAUAACUCUUCGCCAUCUGGUCAGUACAAUGACACUAGGGAUUUUACGAAAAUUGAUUUGUUUGUAAAUGACAAAAAUCAAAAUAUAUCCCAGUUUUAAAUACCUCCCCCCUUUAAAAAAAAAUUAAAACACGUAAAACAUAUGUAAAACAUAUCUUAACCUUUGUAUCUAUCAUGAUAGUGUUUGUCUUUUGGUCUGCAUUUUUUUCUGUGAUGCUGACAAUACAUACUUAAAAUUGUAAAUUUAAACUUUUGAAAAUCUAGCCAUAGCCACAACAUUCAGAAAUUACAUAUUACGUAUUUUAUAUGUAAAAUGUUUGUAUAUGCAUAUUUCUCCGAAACAAAUAAAUUAGAGAGCAAA